UAGAACUUUGAGACGUUCCCGUUUUCAAGAUGGCCGGUAAUGGCCCUAUGGAAAAGUUGCAACUUUUGGAAAACAUAGAAAAGGACAUAGCAUCUGCUAUCGCUAGUGCUGGAAAGGCCUUAGAAGAACUGGCUAAAGACAAGCCUGUUAUGAAAUCAAUUGAAAGCAAUACAACAGCCUUCACAAAGACAUUAGAAAGUGUGGAAAAGGGGUUGAUGAAUCAGAUAAACUACCUGACCCAAGUCUCAACAGGUCAGCCUCACGAGGGCUCGUGUUACGCCGCACAGAAAGAUCUGCACAUGAGCUACCAUCGCCACGCCCACGUGAAGAGACGCUUGGAAGAACUCGAGAAAAUACGGGCAGACACGAAGCCAAAAGUCCUUCAGCUCACCAAGAGUUACUCCCUCCCACCUAUGGCCCAGCCUGUACCUGGGAACCAGUAGGCUACACAUCAAGACAUGUUCUGAAAGUGGGAACCAGUAAAAAAAAGAGGGUCAAGUGCAUGCCAUAUAUGUACCUACACUUGUUUUUUUUAGUACUUAACCCAUACAGCAGAUGGAAGGCAUAUUGCUCUAAAGGUUGUUUAAGGCCUGUCUAUACUUACAAUUGUAGGGCUUACAUAAACAUCCUCCUUUUUAGGCUAAUUAUCAUAAUAUUUUUCAUACUUAUUUCUAUUUGCCUUAUUAGACAUUCACAUUACCAGCAACAAAAUAUCAUAUUAAAGUUUCAAACACAAUACUUCAACUGAACUGUUGGGGCAGCUGCAAGUUUUUGUGUGAUUUGAUUUUAAUAUACAUGUAGCAGCAAAA